CUCACCUUCGCUUUGGCUGAAAAGGAACGUCUGCGCUGUCGCCAUAAGCCACCUGUUCUCACUCCCUCCCUGGUUGAUCGAUUUCGUCGAAAGGUGACUCACUAUAUGACGUCCCGAGGUGAGGUCUACGUCCGGUCUCAUCAUCGAGAGGACGAGGAGGCGCAGGAGCCAACCUUGAAGAACAGUAGCGACAAUAACCACAACAACAGCGCGGCUGUCCUCGAAGACUGCGCCUUGAGCGAUUGUGACAUGGAAAUAGAUGAUUCUGACGUUUAG